AUGAAAAUGACAGAGAGUUUCUUUCUCCGGGCAUGCCAAAACAAAUGGCAAAAGAAGGGUGGCAAAGACAUACCUUCAGCGGCUUGCGACAAAUGCUGUAAAUGGACUAUUUGGCCUUUCCUUAAGGAAGAGAAGGCUAUCCCGAGGGAUGUUCCGAAAGGUCAUGCGGUAGUUUAUGUAGGGAAGUACCAAAAGAGGUUUGUAAUCAAAAUCACCUUGCUGAAGCAUCCGCUCUUCAAGGCAUUGCUGGAUCAAGCUCAAGAUGCUUAUGAUUUCACUACUCAUUCGAAAUUAUGGAUCCCCUGCGAUGAGAACAUCUUCAUUAGUGUCAUUAGAUGUGCCACAUCACCAGAAAGCCGACGCAUCUCAAUCUGUUUCUGAUGUUGCUAUCACAAAGCUCGUGACCGUAAUUCAUCCAUGAUGCUUAACUCAUUGUUUAGAAUGUCGGCAUCUGUAACCAUAACCUGUUGUAUACUAUAUCUAUUGUAUGUAAAUUCAUUGCCUACGAAGUCGAAACGCAUUAAUUCUCCGUUGAGUCAACCGAAAAGAAUCUAGACGGGCCGUCACCUUAAGUGCUCAUUCUUCUUUGCUACUGUAGAACUGAUCAUUUCUAGAAAUGUUAUGCAACUCCUGUACAAGGCACAGUACUCAAGAUUGUACAUUGAGUGAAAUGGAAGAAUGUCAGUAGACUAUUUCAGAAACAUUCCACCCUUCUAAACUGCUCGACUUCUCCUAACAAACAUCCCUUUGAUCAUUUCAAUGGGAAUGCCAGUUCUAACAGCUUGACAAUAAGCACUAAGUAUAGGCAUAAUUCCAAGUGCCACAAUAAGUUCAGGGACCAGGAAACAAUAUAAAAUCUACAGUGUAGAAGAAGUUGUUAAUUUUAUUUUAUCACUAUUUUAGCUAUGAGACUAAAAAGGCAAGAUUGCAACAAUUACAAGCAUUUUCUCACAAUCUGCAAAAAGACAAGCUAAAUUGAAGAUAUAGAAGCCUUCAUAAGCUAGGCCCAAUUCGUACGAGCACUAAAGGGCAGCCCGGUGCACUAAGUUCGUACGAGCACUGAGAAACCAAAUUUGACACCGGAAUAAACUACACUAAAGUUCGUAGACCGAAAUGUAUGUCAGACUGUUAACACUCUGCACACAGAUUUGUAAAGCAGCUCAAGGCGUAUUAUUUAAUCAGUUCCAGGAAGAGAGAACACGAAUAAACAUUAAGCACAUCAUGGCAUUUUACGGCAAGAUAGAAAGCAUCCAUCCAGCGAAAGAAGGGGAAAAGAAAAACCAGAAAUGCAACCCAAUGUUGUAUAAAGCAUAUGACAAACAGCCCAACGGGCAACGGCUCCACAGAGAUUUUAAUCAACAUGAUAAUAAUGUAGCAAGGACAGUAAACCUCUAUAAUAGAGGAGAAUAAACAGUCUCAUUGCUAUGUCAGAUCCAAGACUGUGACACUACCGCAAUAAGACAGUUUCUUUUUCUUCUGUUAUGUUGAUUAAAUAACGAGUAGAUGUUGAAUCAUGUAAACCUGCAAAUGUACAAGUUUAAAUUGUUAGAAAUUGGACACAUAUAUUUAUUUGAAGAGUCAAACACAGCACCUUACAUGCAAGUAAUUCUUUGGUCAAACACGUGAAAAGUGUUGUUGCUUGUCGGCGGUGAGAUUCGAACCAAAACCUAUGCCUACACUGAUACAUAUUGAAACAUGUUGAGUUAUGUGAAUUUAUCAUCUUAAGCUUUUACAGAUGGAACGCCUUUAUUUAUUUUUAGGUGCAAGAGUAGAGCACCCAAAGCAAUCCUUUAGAAAAAAAAAUGAAGGUUUUCAAAAAGACAACUAAUCCUCUGUUCUCAUCGUAAGCAGGGCAAAGAAAGUUUUGCAAUCCUCGAGUUGCCUAGC